CUCCGCAGCGUCCGUUCGGGAGGAGAGUUCGCGGCUGCUCUCGGGAUGCCUUGCAGAUGCAAAAUGUGUCUCUGGCCAGCAGGAGGAAGGAAGAGGAAGUGAGAGCAGCGACAGCCGGCAGCGCAGCAGCCGGCCGACCCAGAGUGUAAGUGCGUGUGUUUGGGCGAGCGGGAGCGGGCGAGGAUGGGCACGGGAUAGAGGCAGAGCCACCCACACCGCCGCAGCCCGGAGCUGGGCAACAGAGCCUCGGAUUUUCCCUUCAAUGGUCGCGGGUCGUCAGAGCUCUAAUAGCCAGGAGCUCCCGUCGCUGCCGCCGCUGUCCUGCGACCCCGGGCAGGUGUAGACACGUGUGGCCGUCCACGCCGUAGGAUCCUCAGUUCCGAGGGCUUUGGACAGUCUUGGGGUUCACAAUGCCGCCACCCGCGGACAUCGUCAAGGUGGCCAUAGAAUGGCCGGGAGCCUACCCCAAGCUCAUGGAAAUCGAUCAGAAAAAGCCACUGUCUGCAAUAAUAAAGGAAGUCUGUGAUGGGUGGUCUCUUGCCAACCAUGAAUAUUUUGCACUGCAACAUGCUGAUAGUUCAAACUUCUACAUCACAGAAAAGAAUCGCAAUGAAAUAAAGAAUGGCACUAUCCUUCGGUUAACUACAUCUCCAGCUCAAAAUGCCCAGCAGCUCCAUGAACGAAUCCAGUCGUCAAGCAUGGACGCCAAACUGGAGGCCCUGAAGGACCUGGCCAGCCUCUCCCGGGAUGUCACCUUUGCCCAGGAGUUUAUAAACCUGGACGGCAUCUCUCUCCUCACCCAGAUGGUUGAAAGCGGCACUGAACGAUACCAGAAAUUGCAGAAGAUUAUGAAGCCUUGCUUUGGAGACAUGCUGUCCUUCACCCUGACGGCCUUUGUGGAGCUGAUGGACCAUGGCAUUGUGUCGUGGGAUACAUUUUCGGUGGCRUUUAUUAAGAAGAUAGCAAGCUUUGUGAACAAGUCAGCCAUAGACAUCUCAAUCCUGCAACGGUCCUUGGCCAUCUUGGAGUCAAUGGUGCUCAAUAGCCAUGACCUCUACCAGAAGGUGGCACAGGAGAUCACUAUUGGCCAACUCAUUCCUCAUCUUCAAGGAACAGACCAGGAAAUCCAAACCUAUACCAUCGCUGUGAUCAAUGCACUUUUCCUGAAGGCCCCUGAUGAAAGAAGGCAGGAGAUGGCGAAUAUUUUGGCUCAGAAGCAGCUGCGCUCCAUCAUUCUAACACAUGUCAUCCGAGCGCAGCGAGCCAUUAACAAUGAGAUGGCGCACCAGCUCUAUGUUCUCCAAGUGCUCACCUUUAACCUCCUGGAAGACAGGAUGAUGACCAAGAUGGACCCCCAGGACCAGGCUCAAAGAGACAUCAUAUUUGAACUUCGAAGAAUUGCUUUUGAUGCCGAGUCUGAGCCUAACAACAGCAGCGGCAGCAUGGAGAAGCGCAAGUCCAUGUACACUCGGGAUUAUAAAAAACUUGGCUUCAUUAACCAUGUCAACCCUGCCAUGGACUUUACUCAGACUCCUCCUGGAAUGUUGGCUUUGGACAAUAUGCUCUACUUUGCUAAGCACCAUCAGGAUGCAUACAUCCGGAUCGUGCUGGAGAACAGUAGCCGAGAAGAUAAGCAUGAGUGUCCCUUUGGCCGCAGUAGUAUAGAGCUGACCAAGAUGCUGUGUGAGAUAUUGAAAGUGGGCGAGCUGCCUAGUGAGACCUGCAAUGACUUCCACCCGAUGUUCUUCACCCACGACAGAUCCUUUGAGGAGUUUUUCUGCAUCUGUAUCCAGCUCCUGAAUAAGACAUGGAAGGAAAUGAGGGCAACUUCUGAAGACUUCAACAAGGUAAUGCAGGUGGUGAAGGAGCAGGUUAUGAGAGCACUUACAACCAAGCCUAGCUCCCUGGACCAGUUCAAGAGCAAACUACAGAACCUGAGCUACACCGAGAUCCUGAAAAUCCGACAGUCUGAGAGGAUGAACCAGGAAGAUUUCCAAUCCCGCCCGAUUUUGGAACUAAAGGAGAAGAUCCAGCCAGAAAUCUUAGAGCUGAUCAAACAACAACGCCUGAACCGUCUGGUGGAAGGGACCUGCUUUAGGAAACUCAAUGCCCGGCGGAGGCAAGACAAGUUUUGGUAUUGUCGGCUUUCUCCAAAUCACAAGGUCCUACAUUAUGGAGACUUGGAAGAAAGCCCUCAGGGAGAAGUGCCCCAUGAUUCCUUGCAGGACAAAUUGCCGGUGGCAGAUAUCAAAGCUGUGGUGACGGGAAAGGACUGUCCUCACAUGAAAGAGAAAGGUGCCCUUAAACAAAACAAGGAGGUGCUUGAACUUGCUUUCUCCAUCUUGUAUGACUCAAACUGCCAACUGAACUUCAUUGCUCCUGACAAGCAUGAGUACUGUAUCUGGACGGACGGGCUGAAUGCGCUGCUUGGGAAAGACAUGAUGAGCGACCUGACACGGAAUGACCUGGACACCCUGCUCAGCAUGGAAAUAAAGCUCCGCCUCCUGGACCUGGAAAACAUCCAGAUCCCUGACGCACCUCCACCCAUCCCCAAGGAGCCCAGCAACUACGACUUUGUCUAUGACUGUAACUGAAGUGGCUGGGCCCAGACAAGCCCCCACACCUCCCAAACUGGAAAAUCUAGCUAACAGGAGAGAGGAACGAAAACAUAACUCGUGCUUUGGAAUCAUCUUUUGGUAAAGGGAAGCUGCAGGUCACCCUCUCUUUGGCGUCACCUCUAACCCAAAAUUUUUUGGCCCCUUCCACCUCCUUGGAUCUGUUUCUGGACGCGCUGCUUUAGAUCUCUGCCCAUUGCUGCAGUUCACUUGGUGGGACAAUAGCCAAAAGCCACUGCUAGCAAGAGAGCCAUCGGGCAUUUCCAUCCUAAUCCCUGGCAGGCAAACUCCUUCCUUCCUAGAGUAGGAAAGCCAGCAGCCCCAGACCUCAAGGAAUGAAUACCCCAUGGCCUGUGCCUGGAAGAAAUGGCACAGCUACCUGAUGGGAAGACAGACGCCAUGCUCUCCUUUCCCUUCUCUCGAGGGUCAGCUCAUGUCACUGGGUUCAUUUGAGUUGAGAUCUGCUUUGGGAUCUCUCUCCCCGUCUCCUGACUUGGCCUUGCCCUUGUCCUCUUGGGUCCCAAGGGCAGCACCAGUAUUCUCAUAGUAAGCCUCGCCAGCACUGGGUCUCCCAAACAGCCCACAGAGCCCACGCCCACUCCGCAUCUGCACUGUGACCGUGACCAACCACCCGCUGCCCUCUGCGCUAGCUAGUCUUGGGCUUCCUCUCCCUGCCCCAGCCCAGACCUGCCUUCCUCAUUUCCACACAUGCUCCCAACCUCUUAGCUGAAAGCACAAAUGAAAUCAGUAGUCACACUCCAUCUCUAAUAGACUAAACCUAAAUGCCUCUAUGACGGGCUGUCACUAUCCGAGGGUUUCGUGUCACCUUCUCCUGGGGAACCUGCUGCAACACAGGUUUUCCAUGGGAUGGUCAAGCUGUCAGA